UCAGCUGUCUUGUAAACAAACAACUAAAACUUUGCUCUUUUUGUUGGCUUUUAAGCAAAGAAGGAAGCAUGACCUGCUUGUUUGACAACUGACACAUCUCAUAUAGAAUGCCACAGCUUAAUUUUGAAAAGAACUAUAAUAAAACCACAAAUGAAAGUGUCUACAGUGAAGUCCAAAACAUGAAUUGUGCACCACAAGCUCUCCACGACGUGCUGUUUAUGCAGUUUGUUCUGUCCUCGCUCUCCCUGUAACCUGAAAGUUGAGGCAUGAGUGUACAAACAGAUGCAUCCGGGUUGUGAAGGAUGUGAUAGAUGUCACCUUCCCUCCUACCCCGCCCAUUAUUUAAACCCUACUGCUAAAACUGUGAUGGGCGAGUCUGUCAUAAAACACUUUAAAGGCAUACACUGCAAGUGAAAAGUUGAUAGUGGCUCAAGUUCUUGGUGAACGACAACCAAAUAUUGAUCUUAGGUGAGUGUGUGCUUGUUGAAUCAGCAUCUGACUGGCCUCAGGUGUUGCAUGACCGAAGCCCCGCCUUCAAAGAGAUGCAAAUAUACAGUACCUCCACAGGUUUCAUUUUACACCCGAGGGCAAAGAACAGCAGUCAUCGGAUGACAGGAGCUCUUUUGCAAUGAAAAGCAGCCAUGCAGUCGUCAGCUGAGAGGCACUGACAAAAGGAUCAGUCAGCCGGUCACAAGUGCCACCCCCGCCGCAGUUAUGGCCAUUGCAGAUCUUUUGGGAGUCCAAGUCGACAUGCAGCUGCUGCUCAAGAUGAGUCUUUCUGUCGCGACAGUGCUUCUGGUGUCGUUGGCCUACAGGUUCUACAGCUCCAGAUACACCAAAGAAAGCCCUUUGCAUGACAGCAAAGCACCGCCGACGUGCCAGAGGAUCCGUUGCCUGACCCCUCCUAAAAAAACACAGUCCGAAGCUAAAGAUCAUUGUUACGUGGCACAAGGUGCUCAACAUAUCGUCAAAGAAACAGAGGUAUCUUCAUGUCAGAAGCCAGCAUCGGUUUCCUCCAGGGACACUUCACCUGGAUCUUCUCUGGACAAGGUUGCCAGUGCAAAAGGCAGACGGUCCCCUUGCUUUUUGAAGAAGGUGGAGGGCUGUACGGGUGUGGGGAGAGAGCUGAGACAGGACUUGGAGCGACACGGGAUCUACUCGACCUUCCUCUCCAAGGCGGAGAUCAAGGUGGAAGACGCCAAGCUGGUAGUGGACGGUUCAGAAGAACAGAUUGUGCGUGGGAAGAUAUAUGAAUACUUUGUGGAGACUUCUCACUUUUCCACAGAUCAGAACACCCAGUUGGGUAAGGACAGAAAGAAAAUCGAGGUCCCAGAGUGUGAAAGAAAUCGCAGUGUGACGGAUUCUCUUUCCUCUGUAGACCCUGACACCACGGAUGAAGCCUGCUAUCUUGAGAACCAAAAGCGAAGGUGCUCCACAGGUACUGUACCCUUACGGAAGCAAAGCUAUUUGGCUGCUGGGGAGCAGUCAGAACUGCCGAGUUCACCUUCUCCCUCAGGGGGCUCAACUAGCACCAGCCCCCUCGAGGUCAGCCCUUUUACAAACAAUACAUGCCUCAAUGUGAUUAGUGUGUCUCAUGUAGAAGCCGGACCAGUGAGUCCUUUGUCAUACCAUUUAGCUAAAACUCCAGAUUUUGAAACCCUAAGAAAUCAACUGAAUUUGGGGAACUGUUUAGAGGCACUUUUCCUUGCCAAAAGACAUGGGCAGAGCUCUGUGGAGCAAGCAGCCCUCACCGUCAUGUCCGAUAACUAUCUCCACGUCCUCCGAGAUGCCGACCUUUAUGGGCGGCUCACCAAUGCUGAGCGGGAAAAAAUCCGGAGGCAGCGAGCAAGAGGGAGAAGAUUCAUUAUGGUGGCUGAUGUGGACCCUCAAGACUGGUCAAAGAACACCACAGGGAUGAGAAGAAGGUUGAGCGCCGUGCACUAUUACAACGACGGUGUCAACGCCUGGCAGACCCUUUGCCCUAUCCCACAGGAAGUCAUCAGCCAAGCCUGCGCCAUGUGUACGAUGGAUAAUUACUUAUUUGUGGCGGUGGGAUGCCAAGCCACAGACAGUGAAAUGAGUCCCUCCAAACGAGUGUUUUGCUACAAUCCUUUGACAGAUAUUUGGAAGGAGAUCAGUCCCAUGAAUGAAGCCAGGCCUCGCUGUAAACUGGCAGCACUGGAUGGCUACGUCUACGCCAUCGGGGGAGAGUGCCUUUCCUCAGUGGAGCGCUAUGACCCGCGUUUGGACAGAUGGACUUUUGUGGCCCCUUUGCCUAAUGAUACCUUCGCGGUGGCCCAUCAUGUGACGGUGUGCAACGGAGAGCUGUUUGUGUCCGGAGGGAGUGUCCGUUACAUGCUGAUGCGCUACAGCCCCAAAAUGGACACGUGGAGGGGGAGUCUUAUGGCUAGCGGCAAAGACAGGACCGUAGACAUGGAGGCUGUGGGAUCUUUUCUGUAUCGUUUUGAAGUCAACUCUGUUCUGGGAGUCAGCGUGUACCGCUACCACACGGUGGCCCGACUGUGGUACGAGUGCGGCACCAAACGUUUGCCACGAUGCCCUGCCUUCAGGUGUGUGGCCAUGGGCGACACGGUCUACUGUGUCAGUCGGCACUUCACUCUGACAUUUGAGGCCCAUGAGAUCUCCCCUGCUUUCACAGAGGACACUUUUACUGUCCCCCUUCCAGGCAAGGGCCUACUUGUCCCCUUUGUCUUGUCACUCCCGGAUAGGAAGCCUCUCCAGACCAGUGUGUAGCGCACAUCCAGUUUUGUAGGGAUGAUACAUCAAGUUGCUUUUUGACCAUGCCUGUUGCUAGCUACAAAGUCCUAGAGGUGCAGAGUCAGACCUAACCUAUGCACGCUUAGAUGGAUGGAUUGUGUUAACAUUGUACAUGCUCAACUCUACAUCGUUAAUGUUUAAUCCUCAAAAAUCCUACAUUAUUUAUUAAAAGGGUCAUACCGUGUAAUUCUUUUUUUCAACAUUUAAAACACCUUCUUGUUGUAAUGGUGGUUCUUGGGUGAAAGAUUUGCCUAGACUUAGUUUUACGGACCUACUUUCAAGCCAUUUUUUUUCUCUCUUUUGAAAGUGAUUGUUUUGAGAGACAGAGUUGCUGGAUGCAAAUGAACCUGUCCUUACCACGGCUAGGAAUGAACGGUGAGUGUGCAUUCGCCCCCGCCCGGCAGAAAGAGUUUGAAGUUUUUAGCUUUUAUUGUGCGCUGUGGACAUAGACGAGCGCCACCAGCCAUCAGUUUUACGUGACUUUCACCACCACACAACAUCCCAGGAUGAUAUAGCGAGACCACCGGCUUACUGUGGUUGGUUUUCAGCACCAACGAAGGAAGCAAAGAAAAGGAGGACGACAGAGGAGGACAGCCCAGCUGACGUAGAGAUCUGGAACUGGACACGCUGACCAAAGUGACAUUUCUAUGGAGUCUAACUUUCUAAUGCUACAUCUCGGACGUCUACACCUGUAUAACCAAAAUAAAAGCCUUUUCUAUUCUA